UUUGUUUUCCAUGAAGAUGUUUCCCUAAAACUGAAAAGGUAAGAAGUCACCGUGGUAACAGCACCUAUUCCUGUCUUGUUAAUCGGUUUACAGCUUACGCCAGUCGGCUCCAUCUGUGUCUCUCUGUAAAUAGUUGUUAAGUGUCACAGCUUGAAAGAAGGAAAUGCAUGACGAACAGAUUUCUGCCAGUGAAGGUAGAAUCCUCGCAUUAAUGUUGCAAGAAUGCACGUGUCAGCCUUAGAGGGGGAUUAGCUCCUGAUUAUAAUUCACAACUCUGACUCCCACAGCGAGACGGGAGCUGCAUAAUGAGAGGUUUAAAAACUGGAACACUUAUAGGGGAAAAAGCUGAAUUUACUGUAGCUCUGAUAUUUGGCUUUUGGACCCUGUGCACAGGAGGCCGCUUGCAGGUAGCUGUCAGUAUUACUGAUCAACGCGCAUGUCCACUCUCCCUUGGUGAGGCUGAAGCUGCUUAAUCUCGCCGAACAAGCGGACAGAGCACAGACGUAGAGAUUCAAAUCAACAUGAGCUUUACGAUCGAAGAGAGGGGCAGGCCGAACACCCAGGACUACAGAGUCUUUUUCAAAAACUCAGAUGGAAAAUACGUCUCGCCGUUUCAUGACGUGCCCAUCUAUGCAAACGAAGCAGAGAACAUUUUUCAUGCCGUUGUGGAAGUUCCGAGAUGGACAAACGCGAAGAUGGAGAUAGCAACAACAGAUCCUCUUAAUCCACUGAAGCAAGAUGUAAAAAAGGGGAACCUUCGUUAUGUAGCCAAUGUCUUUCCCCACAAAGGUUAUAUCUGGAACUAUGGGGCUAUUCCACAAACAUGGGAGGAUCCCAACCACAAAGACAGCGACACUGGAUGCUGCGGGGACAACGAUCCGAUUGAUAUCUGUGACAUUGGAAGCAAGGUGUGCUCUCGGGGAGAAAUAAUCAAAGUGAAGGUAUUGGGAACCCUGGCUCUGAUCGAUGAGGGUGAAACCGACUGGAAGGUCAUUGUGAUCAAUACUGAGGACCCAGAAGCAGGCGACUUUAACAAUAUUGAUGACGUGAAGCGGCUUAAACCAGGAUAUCUUGAGGCGACCGUUGAUUGGUUUAGACGAUACAAAGUCCCCGAUGGAAAACCUGAAAACCAGUUUGCUUUCAACGGCGACUUCAAAGACAGGGACUUUGCCAUACAAACAGUGAAGAGUACACAUGAGUUUUGGAAAGCACUGAUAUCCAAGAAGAGCAACGCUGGAGAGUUAAAUUGCAUGAACACCAGCAUCGCUGACAGCCCUUCCUGCUGCUCUGCUGCAGAUGCUGCAGCUGUGGUUAAUUCUGCCUGUGCUUUUGGACCAGGAGAACCCAUUCCAACCUCAGUUGAUAAAUGGUUCUACUAUGAAACGUAAGAGCAGGAAGCUACACAUGGAACUUGAAAAGAAUCAUUCUUCCUACAAAUCCAUCACCAAGUUUGAAGAUUCAAUCUGAGCCAGUUGUAGAUUUCUUUGUUCCCUCAUGAUCUGUGGGUGUUAUUCUCAACAAAAUACCAUUCUGAUCAUGUAAAACACUCUCAUGCCUCUUUGGUCCAUUUGGGAACAAGAGUCCUUGUAACAAACAUGUAACAAACACGUUUUCUUGUAACAAACAAGUUCACCAAUAAAUCUAUCUAUCAUUAUCUGCUUGCACAAUAUAGUGUAUUGAUUUUUUUUCUUCUUAUUUUAUAAAACAUUAUUAUACAGCUUUGACAUGUCCUGAUGCACUGAACGUGGAUCUAAAGGUAUCAUUUUGUAAUGCAGUCUAUUAUGUAAUACUGGAAAAGAGCUCAUUCAUUCCCGAAAAGGUUUUGUGCAAAAUCCAUUUAGCAACAUCAGAAAUUUGAACUUUGCCAUUCCAAUAAUUCUUUUGAACAGUGUUGUUCUGAAGGUGAAAGGGUAUGGCUGUGAAAGAGAAAACCCCCCUAAAAUGUUCUUGCAGGAUUCGGCUUGUCAUAAAGGUUAAAUUCUGAUGUAGUCUCAAGUUAUAGUAAGAAAAACUAAAAGGUGCUCUGCAACAAGAUAGAAACUUACAGGACUGGGACUAUAAUGGAUGACUCAUGUCUGACAAGUUUGUUGUGAUUAUGUAUUCAGAAUGCUUUGCUCAGAUACCCUUGAAUAAAAUCCAAUGUCACCACUGUACAAA